UUCCGCUUGUUUUCUAGUCGUUGCGACAAUGUUCAGUUGUAUAUCGGCCCGUUGUGGAGGACUGCGGAGUUUUAGUUCAACAGCCACCACAGACGAAACAUAAAGCUUUAAUCAUGGUGAAUGUAAAGAAACGGAAAGGUCGAGUCGUUAUCGACUCUGACUCUGAAGAUAGUGCCAGUGAUGAUAAUUUAGAUCAAGAGCUUCUGUCUCUGGCCACCAAGAGGAAGAGGGUGGACUCGGAUGACCAGCAGGAUAACCAACAGGAUGACCAGCCAGUCAGUAAGCCUGCAGCCUCAUCAGACUCUGAGACAUCAGACAGCGACGAUGAGUGGACCGCCGGUGGUCCUAAAGUCAAGAAGAAAGUUAAGCCAGGGAAACCGACAACAACAGAGAAGAAGAAAGAGGCGGCGAAGAAGAGGGUCCAUAAAGCUGCAUCGUCCGGUAGUUCUGGUGGAGACAGUUCAGCUGACAGUUCUGCCCCCCGAGGAGGGUACGUGUCUGACUCCGAGAGCAACAGCUCUGCCUCCAGCUCAGAAUCCUCAUCGGAGGACGAUGUUUUCAGGGACGAAUACGGAGAGGACCUGAUGGGAGACGAGAAGGACAGGGCUCGUCUGGAGCAGAUGACGGAGAAGGAGAGGGAGCAGGAGCUCUUCAAUAGGAUAGAGAAGAGGGAGGUGCUCAAGAGGAGAUUUGAAAUUAAAAAGAAACUGAAGACGGCGAAGAAGAAGGAGAAAGAGGAGAAGAAAAAGAAGGACGAGGAAGAACGGAAGAAGCGAGAGCGAUCAUCCGGUCAUCAUGAAGACCGGGCUCAUCAGGACCUGCAGGUUAUGUCCCACAACAAGGAGCGGAGAACUAAACGGGAUGAGAAGCUGGAUAAAAAGUCUCAGGCCAUGGAGGAACUGAAAGCGGAGAGAGAGAAGAAGAAAACGAGGACAGCGGAGCUCCUGGCGAAACGGCAGCCCCUGAAGACCAGCGAGGUGUACUCUGACGACGAGGAGGAGGAAGAGGAGGAUGAUGAAGACAAAUCCUCAGUAAAGAGCGAUCGCAGUUCACGCUCUUCAUCUUAUUCCGAAGACGAAGAGAAAGAGGAGACGCCACCAAAGUCUCAGCCCGUGUCACUGCCAGACGAGCUGAACCGCGUCCGUCUGUCCCGACACAAACUGGAGCGCUGGUGCCACAUGCCGUUCUUCCAGAAGACGGUCAGCGGCUGCUUCGUACGGAUCGGCAUCGGGAACAGCAGUAGCAAACCGGUUUACAGGGUGGCUGAAAUAGUUGACGUGGUAGAGACGGCUAAAGUGUACCAGUUGGGAACGACCCGGACGAACAAAGGACUACAGUUACAGCAUGGUGGUGAUACCCGAGUCUUCAGACUGGAGUUUGUGUCCAAUCAGGAGUUCACAGAAAACGAAUUCAUGAAGUGGAAGGAGGCGAUGAUCAUAGCCAGUAUGCAGGUUCCUACUCUAGAUGAGAUCAAUAAGAAGGAGCAGGCCAUCAAAGAGGCCUGUAACUACAAAUUCAACGACAAAGACAUCGAGGACAUUGUUAAAGAGAAAGACAGAUUCAGAAAGGCUCCUUCCAACUACGCCAUGAAGAAAACAUCACUACUCAAAGAUAAGGCCAUGGCUGAGGAGAGUGGAGAAGGAGACCGAGCCAAAGAGAUCCAGGACCAGCUGAAUGAGUUGGAGGAGAGGGCCGAGCAUCUGGACAGACAGAGAACCAAAAACAUCUCUGCCAUCAGCUACAUCAACCAGAGGAAUCGUAGCUGGAACAUCGUGGAGUCUGAGAAGGCUCUAGUCGCUGAAGGACAGAAUGCCAAGAUGCAGAUGGACCCGUUUACUAGACGGCAGUGCAAACCAACCAUGGUGUCCAAUGCCAGAGACCCUUCAGUCCAUGCAGCUAUCCUCCAACACCUCAAUGAGAAGUACGGAGAAGGGUCAGGCAAAGAGAUGGACUUGGAGUUCGAGAUGGGCAGGGGAGCAGGACAGGCUGCUCUGAAAGUCAUCGACCCGACUAAGAACACCAGCGACCUAUCAGAGGACCUCUUUAAAGUUCACGACUUUGACGUCAAGAUUGACCUACAGGUUCCCAACGCAGAAGCCAAGUCUCUGUCAGUGAGCGCCAACACACUGGCAGUGAAGGACGGUGCUCCACGUAGGUCUCUCAACCUGGAGGACUACAAGAAGAGGAGGGGCUUGAUCUAAAGAACUACAGGAAGAGGAAGGGCUUGGUCUAAUGAACUACAGGAAGAGGAAGGGCCGUGGUCUAAUGAACUACAGAAAGAGGGGGCUUGGUCUAAUGAUCUAAUAGCCUAACCCCUCAGUCAGUCAGAACCACCUGCAUGUGUUGGUUGGCCAUUCUACCUGUGUGUGUGGGUGUGAGGUAAGUGUGUGUGGGUGUGAGGUAAGUGUGUGUGAGGUAAGUGUGUGUGAGAGGGGACAGAGUGUGUGUACACUAGAGACUCCAUUUUAAAACUGGUAGGAAAUAUUAAGAGAAGGCUACUUUUCUCUCUUUGAAGAAAGUUGUCCACCUUUUAAUUUUUAUGUGCAAAAUCGUACUUUUGAAUUGUUUUUUCUUUUUUUCUGGUUAUUUCUACGUUUUUUUUUAAAUUUUUAUAAAUAAAUCUUACGUUGGUUCUCCCUCAUACGGAUCUGAAGUUCACUCCUUUUGGUGUCCGGGGCACAUUGCUUGUGAAAGGACAUUGUCUUGUAAGACUUAGAUUUGUUGAAAUACUGAAUCUGGUUUUUCCCCAUCAACAACAGACUGGAUUGGUCAACCGCUAACGGUUGAGGUUUGGAGAAACUGAUUCUAGAUCUGUAGCUAGGGGGAAACUUCACCCCUUUUUAGCCUCUUAGACUGUCACCCAAGUCUACAAAAAGAAACAGAUUAAUCUAUUUUCAUGGAUCUUUUCUUUUAAUCUCUAGUUUUUUUCUGUUGCUUUUUGUUGCCUCCCAUUUUCAGAGCAGAUUCUCAGUGUUAUCGAUUGUGUACUUAGUCAGUUCCUGUAUUGAUGUGGCAUGCCAUAUGUAUAUGAUACAGUUUGGAGUGAGGCAGAAUAAAAGAGGGGUUUCGUACCGUUUGGUUUC